AUGAGAUUCAGUAAAUUGAAGCCCAAGAAUAUAUCGGACGCUUUCGGCACUUGGUUUCUGGUGUUGGCCGUCGUCUCGACCUUCAUAUUUGAAGUCAAAAUGGUUUUGCCGAAAGUACACUCCAUUGACGCCACUGUGAAUUACUUGCACAUAAUAGUCGGUCUUUUCAUUGUAUUGAACAUCAUAUCAAACCUGUUUUGGCUGAUGACUGUGGAGAACUCGACGGUGGGUCUGAUGUUGCCGUCGGCUCUUCGGCCCAAUUGGCGGUUCUGUGCCGCGUGUGAGGGCAACUCACCUCCGCGUUCAUAUCACUGCCAUAUCUGUGAUGAAUGUAUACUUAAAAGAGACCACCACUGCGUCUUCAGUGGUUGUUGUAUUGGUUACAAGAACUUUAGAUAUUACUACGGAUUACUCAUCUAUGUGGGCAUUGGCGGGCUUUACGCCACUGUAUUGAACCAGUAUUUCAUUUGGGAAGUGUUGGGAGGGUUUAAUUGGGUAACGAUUCUCAACCAUUUGUUGCCGUUUCCAUUCUGGGUCUUCGGCCGAAUCACAUUUCCAGUAAUGGUCUACACAUUCAUAGCGAUUGUCGAUCUGUGCGGCUGUAUGUUUGGCUUCGCUCUACUCUACUAUCACACGCGGCUAUUGAUCAACAAUCAGACCACAUAUGAGCGCAACAAAGGCACCACUCAAUACAGUUUAGGCCACUGGACUCACAACGUGGUCGAAAAUUUAGGGCCCAAUUGGUUGGCAGCUAUUCUGUUAACGCCAUUAGUCUCGUCUCCAUUACCGCGAAAUGGUAUCGAUUUUCCGUCAAUUAAAGAGCAUUCACUCAAUUCAAUGAAAUCAAAAUGA